AUGGUGUGGCUGGGUGGAGUCUCGCCUCGCAAGCGCCUAUCCCGAUCUAGAAAUCAUAGCCCGAGUCGGACUGUAGUUCCUCAGCCUACCGUGGUUAGGCACCCCCGUUUGAUAGAUUGA